AGUUUUGGCAGAAAAUAAUACUACUAAUCAAUUUAUCAAAAAUUUAGCCCAGCGGGAAGGAGUGGCCGAAGAAAAAAUUAAAAAAAUAAUUAUUGGUUCUUUUCACAAGUCUUAUUGUCGGGGCGAAAAUACCCAAGUUGACUUACAUUUUGAGUUUGAGGCUGGCUUAACAGUUUAUCGGGCUUAUCAAAUAGUAGAAAAAGUUAGCAAUCCCGAAAAAGAAAUAGCAAGAGCAGAUAAAUUAUUAAAAAAAGGGCAAGUGAAAGACGAUAAGUUUUGA